GAGGCGACAGUUGAAGCUCUUUCGCAGCUCAGUUUAUCGGAAAUCCCGAAGUCUUGGGUUGACGAAGUGUGGGAGACGGAUUUCUGUGAAUUUAUCGAAAUGCCUGAGGUUUUAGCAGAGCAUUUAGAGCGCAAGAAGUACUAUUUUAACGAGUUAAAAUCCUUACUGAAACUCGUCGAAGAAUGGUCGACAUGUGAAGCGGAUAGUCAACCAUUAGGGUUUUGGGCAGUUUUGGUUGAAAAUGGGAUGUCUCAUCAUUCCUUGGUUGCCCUGUUGUAUGCAUUUCUUUGUUCGUGUAACAAGAGUUCUUCUGUCAGCUAUAAAAUGGCAUCCUCUGUCAUAGCCUCGAAUAUAUACAUCUUAAUCAAUCAAAUUUCAGGCAGCGGUGCCUACAAGAUUUUCCAUCCUUUAUUAUUUCAAAAAACUGUGGAUAUUUUACAAUGCUGGCCAGCAAAAGGCAAUCCAAAAGGCAAACGAAAGCAUGCAAAGAAAACGAACCAAGUUGCUGGCCGACAAAGAAAAGCCAGGCGUGUCAAUGGUCAGAGGAGUGCAAAUGAAACAACAAGCGAGGAUGAUUCUGAAGAUGAUGAUAGUGAAGACAGUGAUUGUGGUUCAAGAUUUUUUGAUAAAGAAAAAAUCACUUUGGAGAUUAGAGAUAGUAUGAUUAAACUCAUUAGGGAUUUGACAAGAUAUCUUCAGUCAAAAUCAUUAAAGGAUUCAAAAGACACAAUGGAUCAUGUUGUUUCUUUACUUGUUGACCUCACCAGAAUAGAACCUUCUGUUGUCGAACUAUUUGAGAAUAUUCAGACAAACUCAAGAUCAAUUUUAAAGAACUCGCUCAAUGAACUUGUUUACAAGGCUCUUGAAGUGAUUGCCUUACCCUUGCAAGGAGAUGUUGGUCAGAAUUUACGUCAGAUUUUCCGUCAUCUUAUUUUAAACAUCAUGUCGACGUACAAAAACGCGUCUUCAACGUCUGGUGCGACAAUCUCUCAAGAGAAACAAAUUGUUCGCGACAACGCCAUUGACUUUGUACGUCACACGGUUCACAAGUACGAGGAACUCGCUUUGCCCGCCGUAAGAGUUCUGGUGCAACAUUUGUGUAUGAAGGUUCCAGAUCAGGCAGAAUUCAGGAACUCUGUAGGCAAGGCUAUAACUGCCAUCCUACAAAGCUUUCCUAAUGACAGCCUAACUGAUAUUCUGUCAUGGAUUACCAAAUACUCGAAAAACUCUAAGAUUGGUUAUCGGGUUUUUGCUCUGGAUUUGAUUCUAAAAUUGCUCACGGAUUCUACAGAUGGGAAUGGCGAAAGUCGGGCAAGAUUUUCUCAUUUGGAAUUACUGCGACUUGUUGUAGCAAGAUGUUCUGACAGGGCUCCAACCGUACGAGCCAAAGCUCUCUGCCAUCUGGCGCAGUGUAUUUGCUCGGAAAAUGACGCCAUCACUGCCGCUGUGAAAAAACUUCUAACAAUGACACUAACCAACGGAAGUAUGGAGGAACAUUCAUCGUCUGGGUUGGCUGUGCAGGAGGAUUUUAACGUGUCGGAGAUGAUCAGACGAAGGGUUUCAGAUGGAAAGGUCUUGGUUCGCAAGGCUGCUAUACAGGUUCUUGAAAGCAUCAUAAGAAUGAAUAGUGACGCAUUGUGUAAACAGGAUUUGGAAACGCUUCAUGACAGAACGAUGGACCCAGCUCUGUCAGUCCGUAAACAAGCCAUGGUUUCCAUGACCGCGCUGUUGACAGAGAACCCUGAAUCAGAGCUGUUACAUGGGGUUUGGCUGGACGCAAUAUUGCCUCUUGUGAUGGACCGGGAAACCACAGCACAGGAGAAAUGCUUGAGUAUAUUGGAAGAGAUCAUUUUGCAGAAUAUUGUUCAGGAAAGAGGCUCCCAAAACUGUGAUCAAGUAUUGACGUGGAAUUUAUUGAAAUUGAUAGCUGGUAUAUCAGGACAAGAGAUGAGGCAUUAUUUCCAGAAAGUUUGCUAUCACUGGGCAAAGCAAGGAAAGUUUACGCCAGCUAAAGUGAAAGCUAUCUUAAGUCAUACUGGAAGCACUAACGCUUCGGCUGCUUGGUUACUUCUGUCCGAGAUCUCUGCCUUCAAACCAAAGCUGGAUCAUAAAAAAAUCAUUGAAUGCUUCAAUGAAUAUACGUCUCAGGGUAACGAAGAGCUGUUAUGCCGUGUUCUCAAAGUGAUCAAAAAUGUUGCUGGCGAUAUUCCAGUUAAUGUCAAAGAAAAUCUAACAGUCAAGUUACAAGAGCAGUUAGCAACGUUCAAAUGUUCUCCUGAUGUGAUUGUUGCCAAUAUGAACGCUCUUUUCAAGCUCUGCGAGUCUCUUUCCGAAGGCGAUAAACAAAUAGACAAAUGGUGUGGCGACUUGCUUAAGACAUCUGAAUCCUACCUCUCGAGUGUCGUCUUCAAUCCAGACUCGGGUGACCAAGUCGAUGAAGAGGCAAUAGUGAAACACUUGUUUACUAUUGGAGAAGUUGCUUUGUUGUGUCCAGGGAAUACGAACAAACGACUGUAUUUGCUUGUUCAGUCAAUGAUCAUUACGCCAUCUCAGGAAAAAGCUUCGGCCAAUACUGCUCCAGUUUCUUUGCAAAGGUGUUCUGUAUCACUCACACCAACCGUAAAAGCACACGCUUUCAUUACUCUAGGUAAACUGUGCCUGCAAAAUGAAACGUUGGCCAAAGACUGCAUCGCAGCUCUGACCAAAGAAUUAGAGGCUUCUGAAGACCCAGCUGUUAGGAACAACAUUACUGUUGUGUUGUGUGAUCUGUGUGUUAGAUAUACAAAUCUUGUUGAUCGUUACAUUCCAAAUAUCGCGAGAGGACUGAGAGACAACGAACCGCUGAUACGGAAACAAACUUUAAUUUUGCUCACGCAUUUGCUUCAGGAAGAUUAUGUAAAAUGGAAGGGUUCGUUGUUCUUUCGCUUUAUUACCGCCUUAGUUGAUGAAGAUAUUGAGAUAAGAAAGUUUGCCGAUUUUUGUCUGGUUCACUUGUUGCUUUCCCGUCACCCAGGCAUGUUUCAUCAACACUUCAUCGAAAGCAUUUUCCAUUUCAACUGCUUCGAUCGCCAUAAAGUCUACAAUCAAUUUCAUCAAACUAAAAAGGAAAGAGAGUUAUUCUCGUUGAAAGGCGAGGCGAAAGCGAGCAAACGAAUGACCAUCUACAAGUUUCUUCUCGACCACACGACUGAUGAACAACGGUUUAACUUGACUGGAAAGCUUUGUCAAGAGGUUCUUGGGUGUUUUACUGAUGGAAUUAUUGAACUGAGUGAAGAUUCGAAACCGAUUUUAAAAGAUGCUUUGGCUAUAUUGUGUUCAAAGAAUAUCAAGUUGUCUUCCACGCAAGUUCACGCCGCGGAGGAAUUUGCUGACGAAGGAGAUGAAGCUGGGGCUGCCAUGGCAACCGCUAGAACGAAGUUUCUGACCCAGGUUUUGAAGAAAAAUAUGAUUGAAAAUAUUGUCCCAAUUAUCAUCGAACUGAAGAACUUGCUUGAGAAGCAGAGGUCUCCACUACUGAAAGAUUUGAUGCUAUGUCUUAAAGAGAUUAUGAAGGAUUAUCGAACGGAAGUUCAAGAUGUUUUGUCGGCUGACAGACAGUUGGCAAACGAGAUCGAAUUUGAUUUAAGAAAGUUUGAAGAAGAACAGAAAGCAUUGGAAAAGCAACAACGAGAAAGAGCAAGGAGUUCAUCGCCUGCCAAUGCCGCACCGCCACAAAGAAACUCAUCUCUUAAUGCAGUUGGUUCUCCGACAAGAAAGGAGGAUUUUGUUACACCACAACUCCGAACCCCUGGUGGCUCAGUUGUUCCUUCAGCUUCUGACAGCGCUCCAGUUAACGCCCCCUCCACACCAAAGUCAGCGGGGCGACGUCAAUCUCUGGCAACAACUGCUCUGAUGAACUCGGCUAGGAAGGCGAUUGAGUCGGCCAAGAAUAUAACAGCAGCUCGCUCGAGGCUUGGUUCGGCUGGCACUCCACAGACAGUGGUCAGAACCGCGCAGAAAUCAAGAAAAGAGGCUGGGGAGACUCCCAAGACUCGCCUGGACGCAUCUACGGAGAACGGUCACGCGGAACCAGAAGCUGACGUCAAGAUUAGCGCGAUGAAAUCAUUUACUACACGACGUGUAAAUCGGGUCGCAAGCACUCCUGAAGGUGAUAAAACAAAUAUUUCGAGAAUAUCUUUCCUCGCCACUCCGUUGUCGCCAAUUGUCAACCUCAUUCCAGUUGAUAUCCCGAGAAAUAGUAAAGGAUUGAAGACCAAAACUCGAACUGAAGACAAAUCGGAAAUACUGUGUUUGCCUUCACCUACCCAACCGGGACCCAAGCCAAGGACAUGGAACAUUACAUCGCCUGUUCGCCAGGAGUCCAACCCUCGUAAGCCAGCCCGCACUUCGUAUCGGGCAAAACAGGCUGACAAUUCCAUCGCGAACCGAACAAGGUCAAGUCGAAAAUGACGAGAUGGAUAAUGGAUAAAGACAUAAAGUCAGAAAUUUCUAUCGGAUGAUGAAUCAAAUUCACCAGAAUCAAUCUCAUCUGUUUUUGUGUGCGAAAAAUUUUCCCAAAACGAAGACAGCAUUCCAAAAAGAAA